GUGGUGGUGGUGGAGGAAUGAAAAGGAGGGAGACUAGUUUAACCAGCGGCCUAACUAUUAGGAUGAGUCUUAAUCGCUUCGUCUGCAUCCAUAUUGUCGGUAAAAAAACUUAACCCAUCUAAGUCGACAGCUGUGGAGGUUAUAUUGUUGCCAGCAGUAGUAGUAGUAUCAGGGUUGCAACACACACCUUCACUCAUACUGCUAUCCAUUCCCUUAACACACACACACACAUGCUCGUAUUAACCACAGUUUCAACGCUUGUCUCCUGUGUGGCACACGUUUGUUUUUUUAUUCCUCCGGUUCGCUUGACUUGAGAUUAUUUUCCUAUUGAAACAGUUCUGCAACUUCUUUUAUAAUAUCUUAAAUUACACCAAACAACACCACCGUCCAAAUGGUGACAGCUAUUCCAGAAGUUGGCAGCGAUGCUAGCGGUGAGCCUUCCAUGGACGAUGACAAACAGAAGAGAAAACCUGAAGACGACAACGAUGUCGAUAACCAGAAGUACAACGAAACGAGGAAACGAGGAGUCGAAAGUUCGAUUACCGGUGAUUCCACCACCCCGACGAUCAACUCAAACGAUAAGGAUGUGAUUCCCUACCACGAACAAUCUCCUGAGAUGAGAAUGGAAGCUUUCGAAAAAGAUAAACUGCCAUCAAUUAUUGAAAUUAAGCGGAAAUUACCAAAGCAUUGCUUCGAACCGAUUCUAUCUCUUUCGCUUUACUAUGUUUUCAGAGACUUGGCCAUUCUCUUUGUUCUUUAUCAUACCACAGAUUUGUCCUAUUAUUACCUUCCGUCUUGGCUAUUUUGGUUAGGGGUCACACCUUCUUACUGGUUGGUUCAAGGAACCGUACUGUUUGGAAUAUUCGUUCUUGGACAUGAUUGCGGUCACGGUUCGUUUUCUAGAUAUCAGCUGUUUAAUGAUAUCAUAGGAACACUAUUACAUACCAUUCUUUUAGUACCUUAUUAUGCAUGGAAACUAUCGCACCGAAACCAUCACAAAAACACGGGUAAUUUCGAAAAAGAUGAGGUUUUCUAUCCGAUCGAAGAAUCAAUAAAGAAAGACAGGGUUUUAAUACCUGGCUUUGGACUCGGCAUCGGUUGGUUUAUUUAUUUGUUUGAAGGAUACAGCCCAAGACGGGUCUUCCAUUUCAACCCUUUUGAAACUUUAUUCAAAAAACACAUCAUGGCUAUUUAUAUAUCCAUUAUAACAAUUCUCGGAUGGCUGAUGUGUUUGUACUAUUAUUAUUUGCAACGAGGAUUCUGUGAUAUGAUUUACUUCUAUUUCGUCCCUAUUUUCGUGUAUGCUUCCUGGCUAGUUAUCUGUACAUUCCUGCACCACAACGACUCAGGUAUUCCCUGGUAUAAGAGCGAAGAGUGGACCUACGUUCGUGGUCAGCUUUCCAGCGUCGACCGUAAUUACGGUUGGGCGCAUGACCUCACCCAUUCCAUCGACACCCACCAAGUACAUCACCUGUUUCCUUCGAUGCCUCAUUAUUACCUGGAUGAAGCGACCAAAUGCUUUCGCAAGGCUUUCCCUCAGCUUGUCAGAAUCAACAACGAACGCAUCGUUCCGACCUUCAUCAGUACUUACUUCAAGUUUGCACGCGAUUCUUAUGUGAAAAAGGAUUCCUUAAUACAUUGGUAUAAAUAGAAACUGAGAAGCAUUGAAAUUAUUAUUAUUAUUAUUAUUAUUAUUAUUAUGAUUAUUAUUAUGAUUAUAUUACAAUUCUAUAGACGAUCCCCUUUCUAAGUAAACACUUUUGUUAUAUACAUUCACACACACACACAUACAUUCACACACACAUGCACAUACACUUACACAGGUAUAUGUACACGUACAUAUGUGUGCAUAAUAUAUAUAUAUAUAUAUAUAUAUAUAUAUA